AUGGCACAAGUAUUACCUGAAAAUAGUAAAGAUGUAGAAAGUUUCAAAGGUAGAUUUGGUUGGUAUGCUUUCACAAGAUAUCCAAUUCUAUACAUCACACGUACAGUUAACGGUGAACAUUUUAAGUUUGUAUCAAUGCGGAUUGCUGAAACUCACUUGCUGGAUUCCUAUCUACACUAUUUUCAUCCAGAAGUUUAUACAUGCACAUCAGUGAAAAGUUAUUAUAUGACUAAUUCCGAAGCAAAAUUAUUGAACAACAUCAACACAAAAUAUUGUAAAAAUGUGUAUGGGCACUAUGACUUCACUGCAAACAAAGAUUGCAUUGUCCAUUUAGAGGAUGUCCUGGAACUUUAUAAAUUUUUAAAAGCAUGUUAUAAUAAAAUAAGUCCAACUAUUGAUAAUAACGAAAUAGAAUUUGGUUAUAUUCGUAUAAAUUCAUUUUUUGUUCCAUACUUCACUAAAGAUAACAAAAAAUAUCUUCCGCUUUUCUACUUUGAAGGGCAAACACAACAUCUAUUAACACGAACUGUGGAACUUAAAAAUUGGGACCUGGUUUAUUUGAAGUUUUGUUUUAAAGUUAUGGGCAUUUAUGAAGAAUUAUAUGAUGGCGAAUCCUGUUCUGUGGUGAGCCUCAAUGAUAUAAAGACCCAUUAUCCACCAGAAACAAGUUUUGAGGAUUUUUGGCCAUCAAACCUACAGAAAAAAUGUCAUCUAAUCAAUCAGCGUAAAAGUCGAAAUCAACCAGGUGUCUGGGCUACUCUCCACUAUGAAGCUGUUUUGCCUCCUGAAAAUACUCAGAAAAAUAAAAUAUAA